GAGAAACAUGAAGGUGGAGAAGCUCAUGACAAAGGGGACCAAGACGGUGGUGAAAACGGUGACGGGCCCUGCACCAAGAUGACCAUGAGGCUGAGACGUAACCUCGGCAACCCUCAGUUUGUGGAUUCGUUUGUGUGCCGGAUGUGUGGCCGUGGCGACGAGGAUGAGAAGCUCCUGCUGUGUGACGGUUGUGAUGACAACUACCACACCUUCUGUCUGCUGCCCCCUCUCACUGAGGCCCCUAAGGGCAACUGGCGCUGCCCAAAAUGUGUGGCCGAGGAGUGUAAGAGGCCAGCGGAGGCCUUUGGUUUUGAGCAGGCUACUAGAGAAUACACCCUGCAGAGUUUUGGGGAGAUGGCUGACACCUUCAAAGCAGACUACUUCAACAUGCCUGUCCAUAUGGUUCCGACAGAGCUGGUGGAGAGAGAGUUCUGGCGCUUGGUCAGUAGUAUAGAGGAGGACGUGACAGUGGAGUAUGGAGCAGACAUCCACUCGAAAGAUUUUGGCAGUGGAUUCCCCAUGAACAACGGCAUGAAGAACCUCUCACAAGAGGAAGCGGACUAUGCCCGGAGUGGCUGGAACCUGAACGUGAUGCCAGUUCUGGAGCAGUCCCUGCUGUGCCACAUCAACGCAGACAUCUCUGGCAUGAAGGUGCCCUGGCUCUACGUGGGCAUGGUCUUCUCCGCUUUCUGCUGGCACAUUGAAGACCACUGGAGCUACUCCAUCAACUACCUGCACUGGGGUGAGCCUAAGACGUGGUACGGGGUUCCCUCUGUAGCAGCAGAGCGGUUAGAGGAGGUGAUGAAGAAGCUGACCCCAGAGCUGUUUGAAUUCCAGCCUGACCUCCUCCACCAGCUGGUCACUAUUAUGAACCCCAACAUCCUCAUGGCUCACGGGGUCCCGGUUGUGCGCACCAACCAAUGUGCUGGCGAGUUUGUCAUCACUUUCCCCAGAGCUUACCACAGCGGCUUCAAUCAGGGAUACAACUUUGCUGAAGCUGUCAACUUUUGCACUGCAGACUGGCUGCCCGCAGGGCGCUCCUGUAUCGAGCACUACCGUCGUCUGCGACGGUACUGUGUUUUCUCCCACGAGGAGCUGACCUGUAAGAUGGCCGCCUGCCCAGAGAAGCUGGACCUCAACCUGGCCGCUGCCACGCACAGAGAGAUGUUCAGCAUCGUCCAGGAGGAGAGGGAGCUACGCAAGGGCUUGCUGGAGAGGGGCAUCACAGAGGCUGAGAGGGAGGCGUUUGAGCUGCUACCUGAUGAUGAGAGGCAGUGUGAUAAUUGCAAGACCACCUGCUUCCUGUCGGCCCUGGCUUGCUCAAACUGCACUGAACGCCUCGUCUGUCUCUACCACACUCAGGACCUCUGUAACUGCCCCACAGACAAACUCUACCUCAGGUACAGGUACACACUGGAUGAGCUGCUGGCCAUGUUACACCGGCUCAAAGUGCGAGCCGAGUCGUUUGAUUCCUGGGCCAACAGAGUGAAAGAGGCUCUGGAGCAGGAAGAGGGCAACAAGACAGGCGUCAUGGAUCUGGAGGUGCUGAAGGCAGAGGCAGCAGAGAAGAAGUUCCCUGACAACGAGCUGCUCCAGAGACUCAACACUGCCCUGACUGACACACAGCACUGUCAGCAGACCAGCACUGAGCUCCUCAACAAGACACUGACCAGGAGGAUGACCCUGGCUGAACUCAAGGCUCUAGUGGAGAAGAUGGAGAACCUGCCCUGUGUGAUAAGCCAGCUGGAGGACGUACAGGCGGUCCUGCGUACGAUAGAGGGAUUCCAGACUCAGGCCCAGGCUCUAGUGAGCGACAGGGACUGGCGGCGAGACGCCCCUCCCCCAGAACAGCUCCAGGCACUGUUGGAGCAGGGGGCUGGCUUACCUGUCGAUGCCCCUGAGUGUGAGCUCCUGAAGGGGAUGCAGGAGCAGAGCCGCUGGCUAGGCGAGGUGCGCCGGACCAUGGGGCCCGAGGGGAGUGAGGUGACCCUGGUGGUCCUCAGGAACCUGAUGGAGGCGGGCUGCAUCGUGCCCCAGAGCGUCUCUGUGGAAACCGCCAUGGCAGAGCUGCAGGAGCUGCUGACGAUAGCAGAACGCUGGGAGGAGAAGGCCCAGAUCUGUUUGGAGCAACGGCAGAAGCACCCUCUGUCCACCUUGGAGGCCAUAGUGAACGAGGCCCAGCUCAUCCCUGUCAAGCUGCCCAACAUCCUGUCUCUCCGGGGCUGUCUGAGCCGGGCCAGGGCCUGGGUCACUGACCUGGAGGAGAUCCAGAAUGGGGAGCACUACCCGUGUCUGGAUGACCUGGAGGGCCUGGUGGCGAUAGGUAGAGACCUGCCAGUCAGGAUGGAGGAGCUGAGGCAGCUGGAGCUGCAGGUAGCCAGCGCCCACUCCUGGAGAGACAAGGCCUCCAAGACCUUCCUGAAGAAGAGCAGCCAGCACAGCCUGCUAC